UUUUAGAUUGGUGAAAACGGGCUUAUCGCUUGUCAGCGGACCCAUUCUCUCCAAACUUGACGGCGUCGAGCCUUCCACUGACAAUGGCACUAUCACGCAGUCUCAUAAUAUCCCAGCACUGCGAUUGAGCCCAUUCACCUUGGCAAAAGGGUGGAACUGUGGGUACGGAACGCCGUUUACCGAACGAUGGAAGAUUCGGAACGGUAUGGAAAAGGUCCCUUGGGUCCGAGAGCGCAUACCUAUGAUCCUCCAAGUGCAAACGAAAGGAAUCAAGAGGGCAUCGAUUUGCCAAGAGACGAUUCUGAGGUCGACCUUAAUCGCGGGCGCCAAGCGGCCUUGCAAUUCUCACACCCGUUCGAUGUUCGGUAUACGGACGGCGCACAGGGGAUGUUAUCAGUGUUUACCGGCGAGUCACAAUCAGACGUUGAAGGCUUGCGCCCGCUAGCCCUCGACGACCUUAAUCCUUUUGAGCCAAGGCCCUUGCCUACUCAAUACCAAACUGGAAGAAGCAUGCUCCGACCGGGCUCUUUGGAGCCAUAUCAUAGUGAAUACUUUAAUUCAACUCCGACGGGACGCAAUGCCAUUCCUCUCGAAAGACCUAUAGGCAUUGCAAUGGCUGCAGGCCAACCUGACGUUCGAAUUUUUCAAACGGGGAUUGGUGCCAAGUCGGGUUCGGAAGGUAAACAGUCAGGUUCAUCACAGUCCGGUACACCAAUCUGGAAUACGUUGCCACCGCCUCCUGCGCAGAUGGCGGAUUCGAGAUCAGUACCUGUGUCGACAUCUAUGUCACGGAAUCGAGAUGCAAAUCCCUUCAACCAGUUGAAUUUAUUCCAGCUUGUUGAGCAGCGGAAUUUUCACCAAAUGAAUGCGCUGUCCAAUUCGUACGGUACCUUUAGUGAAUUGACCCAACCGCACUUUCCAGUUCUGCAACAGCGUGCCUCGCUGCCUUUUGCACCUGCCGACUCUCUGUCUAUGGGUAUAGUAGCGAAUGCGCUACACCCAAAUGACAACCCGUCAUAUUCAGUCUCUUCAUUUUUACCACCGCUCCAACAAAGUCCAAUGAUGGCGACUAUGUUCAGCCAACAAAGGGAGGCUUUGAUGCGACGGUUGAAGAUUGCGAUGGAUCAAUCAGUGGUGACUCAAAAAGCCUUGCAAGAAUGGGAUACUGAGCAAGGCCUUCCCAAGUCCCACUCGCAGACUAUGGUCAAUACCGGACGAUCGCGUCGUCAGCUACUGGAAGGGCGUAUCAUCCCCAAGUGGGACGGCACGCCCUUGCUCCGCGAAGGCGAGAGCCUUCAGACAUCCAUAAGAAAACCGAGGAAAAAGUCUUCGAAAACAAAAGAACGUAAGGUGGAGCGAUCUUAA